AUGUACUUAGACUUCCUUCUUCGUGUUCUGGCUUGAUACUUCUGUGAUCGUGGCUGGUUGUUUGGGUCUAGGUUAACUCUGCCUGGUGGCUUUAUCUAUAAAGUCGGGCUAUGGCCUUUCCUCUAUAAAAAAAAGUACUUACAAAGCCAGUCACCCCAACGUCGGUUCGCCAUGGUGGAUCUCCUGCAGAAACUCUUGCCAGAGACCCUGCCACGGGCAUGGUUGUUUCUGUUCCUCUUCUGCCUCAUCGUGUCUGUGCAGUACUGGUUCACCGGAAAGUUCGGUGCAAAAAGACAGCGGCUCCCGCCUUCGCCGCCGGCGCUGCCCAUCAUCGGGCACGUCCACCUCAUCGGUUCCCUCCCCCACAUCUCUCUCAGCGGCCUCGCAGGGAAGCAUGGCCUCGACGUGAUGCUCCUCCGCCUGCAGGGCACCGUGCCCAACCUCGUUGUGUCUUCCUCGAGCACUGCGGAGGCGGUGCUGCGCACUCAUGACCACGUCCUCGCGUCACGGCCCUACUCCGUCGUCUCCGACACCAUCAUGUACCGCUCGUCUGUCAUCGGCUUCGCGCCAUAUGGUGAGUACUGGCGGCAAGCAAGGAAGCUCGUCACCACACACAUGCUGAGUGCUAAGAAGGUGCAGUCUUUCCGUGGCGCCGCUGCGGAGGAGGUCAGCAUGGCGAUGGCCAAGAUCAACCAGGCAGCAGCUACUGAUGCUGCGGUGGACAUGAGUGAGCUGCUCCACACAUUCGCGAAUGACAUGGCGUGCCGCAUUGUGUGGGGGAAGUUCUUCCUGAAAGAUGGUCAAAGCAAGUUGUUCGGGGAACUCAUCAAGGAUACCUCACGGCUGCUAGGCGGGUUCAAUUUGGAGGAGUACUUUCCGGCAGUGGGUAGGGUAGGAGUGCUCAAGAAGGCGGUUUGUGCCAAGGCCGAAAGAGUGAGGAACAGAUGGGCCGAUCUGCUGGACAAGGUGAUCGACGAUCAUGUGAGUAAGCGCAAGAGUGGUUCUUCUACAUCCUUUCUCGGUGACUUUCCCGUGGAUAUUAUGUUGUCUGUCCAACAGGAGUAUGAUCUCACAAGAGAGCACAUGAAAGCUCUCCUGACCGAUGUAUUUUUUGGUGCAAUAGAUACAUCAGCUAACGCCCUCGAAUUCACCUUGGCUGAGCUCAUGAAGAAGCCACACCUGAUGGUGAAGCUACAAGAUGAGGUGAGGGGUAUUGUACCCCAACGACAAGAAAUUAUCUAUGAAACCAACAUGAACAACAUGACGUACCUAAGAGCAGUCAUAAAAGAGUCGCUCCGGUUACAUCCUCUUGCUCCUCUCCUUGCUCCGCACCUUGCCAUGGCUGACUGCAUCAUCGAUGGAUACACGGUUCCUGCUGGGACGCGUGUGGUCGUCAAUGCAUGGGCCAUAGGUAGGGAUCCGAGCCCCUGGGAGUAUGCGGAAGAGUUCAUUCCUGAAAGAUUUACAGAUGAAGGUAGCAGUAUGCAUGUCAACUUCAAGGGUAAUGAUUUUCAGUUCUUGCCGUUCGGAGCAAGGCGGAGGAUGUGCCCUGGUAUGAACCUCGGGGUCGCGAAUGCGGAGCUUAUGUUGGCAAACAUUGUGUGCCAUUUUGACUGGGAACUUCCGCCUGGGGUUGAGAGAAAAGAUAUUGAUAUGACAGAGGUGUUUGGGCUAACCGUUCGUCGGAAGGAGAAACUAUUGUUGAUUCCAAAAUCACGCAUGUAGUCGCGAAAAUAAAACUAUAAGGUAAAUAGUGUGUUAUAUCGCAUAAUGUUUUUCUUUGUAAAGAAGGUGCUAUUGGCAAUAAUGGUACAAAUAAAUAAUAGCCAAUUCUUUCUUAUUAUCGAUACAAAUAUUGU